AGCCGCCGCCGCCGGGGGAGCCGGGCGCGGCGGCGGCGGGCGGGCCGGCGGCCAAGCUGGACGUCCUGAUGCUGCUGCGCCUGAGGGAGCAGUUGAAGCAGCAGCUCAUGGAGUGUAGCACCACAGUUCAUGCUAGUGAAGAAAUUUGUCCUGACCAUGUCAUAGAAGAAAAGCUAAUCAAAGCUACCACUGAAGAUUUGGAAAGAGAGAUGGAGGAAGUAAAAGUCUCUUUCCAAAACAAGACAUUGGUGUUGCAGAGGAUCCAGCUUAUGGAUGCCCUGAGAAACAAAGUGAAACAAAAUGAUGACGACUCACGACUGAUCUUGGAAACUAUGAAACACAUAAUAAUGCUCAGCACAGCAAUACUUGAAUCUCAGCAGCAAGCACGUGAGAUGGAAGAGAAACUGAAUGACAUUAAAAGGAAAAGACUCUUACUAAAACAAGCUGGAGGAAGCAAACUACUGCAAAUUCAUACCACAAUGAAAAAACAAAAGAAGGAUCUAGCAAGUAUGGAAGUGGGUGAAAUGCUGGAGAAGAUACGUAACAACUUACAAAAAGAAAAAGAGAUGACUACAUUAAUUCAAAAUAUAUUCCAGAAUAUCAUAAUUGGAAGCAGAGUUAACUGGGCAGAAGAUCCAUCCUUAAAGGCAAUUGUUCUACAGCUUGAAAAAAAUGUGUCUUUUCUCUGAGUACACAGAAAUGAUAUUUCAUUUUAUAUACUGUAUAUAACCAAUACUAAAUUUGAUAUUGACUAACUAUUGUGUUAUGAAAGCACAUUUUAAAAUUUUUGAAAAUACAACCCUUCUGGAAGUGGUUCCUCUCCUUAGAGAUUCAGAAUGUGGCCACGCAACUCUUUUGAAGUGAAAUUUAAGUGUUGGUAUACAACAAAUCUAAACACUUAAUAUAGCUGAUGAAAGUAAUUGAAGAAUCCCUUCCUGGCUGCUCUAUCCCAGGACUCACUUCCCUCUGAAAUGCAGCAAUGAUCCAAAAAAGAAGAAUAAUCUAUAUAUUAUAAGCUUUUAUGUAGAAGUGGACUUGAACCAAGGUUGUACCGUUCAUAUGCUGCUCUGCUCCCGCACCAGCAUGGGAGAGGCACCCUGCCGAGCUCUUCCUUUCUGUGCCAGGAGGCCCCAGGGAGAAGCAUCACCCAGCUCAGCCUCAACGAGAGCCUAAACAGAAAAGCUUAGUUAAAUCAGUAUCGACUUUUUUUUUCCUUAAAACAUUCUAUAUAAUUUCUAACUCUGAAAGGUUCAUACUCUUAGCUGUAACUCUCACAUGUGACCAUACUAUAUGGCGAUCAUCAAGGCAUCCAGGAAGGGGUAUGAACUGUAGAGCCUGUCCUACACGGCAAAGUAUGGCAAGCCUAGAGAAGAUGCAUGUAAAAUGGAAGAUGAAGCUCCAUGCUGGCGAAAUUAAGCAAUUGAGCAAUAUUUUAAGUAUUUUUAUACGUUGAUGUUCCUAUUUUUACUUAAUGGUGUAAGAAAAUUGACACAGUAAAGUGUAUUUUGUGUAAUGUUUUGGAUUAAAA